AUGUUGAUUACUCUAGAAUGCGUUCUACUUGCGUUACAAGCGGUUGCUGCAGUUCGACUUGCAUUAGAUUCACCAACUGGAAUUGACAGUCAAUCAAACAAUAGGCUAUCAAAACGAUCACCCGUUCAAUUGAAUGGUGGUAAUGUUAGAAAAUGUUUCAAGAUAAAACUCAAUGCUAAUGGAGUUGAUUUGAAUUUACUAGUCGAUUCAGAUAUCUCUGAUAUAGUCAUACCACUUUCUAGUUCAAGCAACGAUCUAGGUUUGGCUAUACAAAGUAUUCCAGGUGGGGAACUCGUUACUAUAAAGUACAAAGGCGAUGAGUAUAAUGGAGUUACAUCCACAGCCGUUGUGACGAUUCCGGGUACCGAAAUAACUGGCGUCAAUUUACCAGUAAUAGAAAUUGAAAAAAAGUCGGCAGAUAUAGUUGGUAUUGGUGAAAUAAUUGAUCAAGGUGUAUUUGGAUUUGGCUAUCCUUUGCUGUCAAGUCAUGAUUCACGAGUUCCUGCGAUGGAUGCUUUGUACAAUUAUGGUGUCAUUCCUAAAAACGAGAUUAGUAUUCAACUAUGUCCGUAUGACAUGCAUCCAGAAAGUUUCAUCAAUAUAGGAAACACGGAUAUAACUCCAAGAUGCGAAACGGAUGGAAACAGUGUUGCAUGGAUAAACUCACCAUCGAACGAUCAUUUUACUGUCAACAUCAAGAGUGUACUAAUCAAUGACAAACCAGUGGAUUUGCCCGAGGAAUUCCAGGAAGUUGUGGAAAAUGGACGUACUCUGUAUUCAUAUCUACAUACAUGCUUUUUACAUAUGCGUUUUCCUCAAACAGUCGUAACAGCUUUGAUCAAUGCUAUCCUUGAUAGUAAUGCGAUCACUAUCACAAGUAUUAGAUUUACUGUAGAAGUUGGUCCAAAUGACAAAGCAAUUCUUGGUACAUCAUUUAUAGACCGGCUUACAGUGACAUUUGAUCGACAAAAUGAACGCGUUGGAUUUGGUCCUGGAUGUGGAUGCGAAGUCAUGACUAGCGGAUAUCCUAUUAUUUCAAACGGUCAUGGAGUGCUCUGGCCAUUAUCACAUGUUAGAUUGCCUGAACAACCAAGUACUUCAAGUUCAGGUGACACAUCUACUCUCGGGAGAUCGUUGCGACUUGGUAGUACUUUUCGUGGUAGUAUUCGUCGUGGUAGUAAGCAGUCAAAGCUUAAUUAUGAGAAAUUUGAGGGCUGA